AUGUUGUUAGCUCACGCUCAACAUGAGAAAAACGCAAGGGAAGCAGACGAUGGAGCAGUGGUGGAUGUGGCAUUGCAACGGCCCUAUGAGGUGAUGCGCAUGACGGAUUCGACUAGACCUGGGAUGAUGGGCCGCAUGUACGACCUCAUGCUGCAGCUGACGGAAGAUAUGGAGAAGGUGUUGGAUGCGGAUGAGCAGCAGCUGAGCAGGGCGGAAAAGAUGCGGAUCUCACGCAUUCUGAAGGACCGCUGGGACAACAGCCUCGCGUGUGCCAUGCACGUGGGUAGGGACGAGGAGGGCAGCCCUGUGGCAGAUCCGAGCGUGGGAGGAGUGGAUCUGGGCGUGCAGAGCGCAGAUUUGGAUGCGCGGAAUGCAGAUCUGGUCGCGCUGAGUGCAGAUCUGGUCGCGCUGAAUGCAGAUCUGGAUGCGCGGAAUGCAGAUCUGGAUGCGCGGGAUGCAGAUCUGGUCGCGCGGAGGGCAUAUCUGGUCGUGCAGAGGGCAGAUCUGGUCGCGCGGAGUGCAGAUCUGGAUGCGCGGAAUGUAGAUCUGGACGCGCAGAAUGCAGAUCUGGUAACGAAAUGUGCAGAUCUGGGUGCAGGAGGAGUAGAUCUGGGCGUGGGAGGAGUAGAUCUGGGCGCGGGAGGAGUAGAUCUGGGCGUGGGAGGAGUAGAUCUGGGCGCGGGAGGAAUAGAUCUGGGCGCUGGAGUUGCAGAUCUGAGCGCGAGGAGAGCAGAUCUGGGCGCUGGGAGGGCAGAUCUGGGCGCUGGGAGGGCAGAUCUGGGCGCUGGGAGGUCAGAUCUGGGCGCUGGGAGGGCAGAUCUGGGCGCUGGGAGGUCAGAUCUGGGCGCUGGGAGGUCAGAUCUGAGCACUGGAGUUGCAGAUCUGGAUGUGCGUGGAGCAGUACCUUGGAGGGCUGCGCCUUAUGGGGCGCGCGGGGAGGGAGGACAGCGCCUAAAGGGCGCGCGAAGAGAUGGCAGCUCCAUUCUAGAAGGCUAUAUCUGA